AUGAGUCAUCACACCAUUGAAGAGAUCCCCGACAGCGACAAGGUGUUCCAUGACACCGUCUUCAUGGAAAAAAACAAGCAUAUCUCCGACCGGUGGGUUCGCAUUGCCGAACUGUACCCAGACGGCAUCAGCCAGCCUCUCCUUCCAGCGGAAUUUUCCCGUGAGCAGUUCGGACAGGGCAAUCACUACGAAUGCUUCAUGCUCACAGCCCUGUCCACUCUGGUGCGUUUCCCCAGCGUAAUCCAGAACUGCUUCGUCUCCAAGCACGUUCGACGUGACGGGCGUUACACAUUCCAGUUUUUCCGUGGCAGGGAGUGGGUGAAGGUGGAGAUUGACGACCAAAUCCCACUGGAGGAGGACGGGGAGCUUUACAUUCGCUCGCCCACGGGGCACUGGUGGCCCCUGCUCCUUGAAAAGGCCUAUGCAAAGUUUUAUACCGGCUACGAGAAUCUUGAGGGCUGCACACUGCAGGAGACGUACCACG